AUUCAUUCCAACUAUCAAAGGCCAUUACUUAACCCAAGAAAUCAUGGACGUUGUGCUUGACAAAGGUGCCACCCAUGAUGAUGGUCAUAGCCUCCCAAAGGUGCGGAUCUUAGCCGUGAAGACUGUGGCACCGGUCAAGGAAACUCAGCCACGGCUAGCUCAACAAGUCUUGUUAGCCAGUAAAGACCAUGAUAGCAUGCAGCCAAGGAGCAUUGUUGGAGGGUGCUACCAAGUAGUGUUCUACUAUAAUAACGAUAAUGGUGAGGAGAGUGAUUGGUCUUUUUAUGGUUGGAUUGUAGAGUCACUGUGCAUGGCCCUAGUGGACUACCCUAUAAUCGCUGCCAGGCUCCUGGAAAGAGACACGGGACUGGAAAUUGUGUCUAUUGAUUCUGGCUUUCGACUAUUGUCGGCACAGUGUCAAUGGAGCUUGUCACAAUUUCUUGAUCUAAAUGAGAGACACAAUGAUAAUGAAACUGAGCUUGUCUACUGGAAGGAAAUUGAUGAGACACUUCCUCAGUUCUCACCCUUGUGCUCUGUUCAGGUGACUAAGUUUGAAUGUGGAGGGUACUCAAUUGGCAUUAGCUGCAGCCUCUUAUUGACAGAGGUUUUGGCAGUUGACAACUUCCUCAAGAAAUGGACAGAGAUAUACCAAGAAAUGUUACCCCAAAAUGGAGAAAUUAAGAAAUCCAUAUUUAUCCACCCUUUGGUGAAAGAUCAUGAAGUUCUCCCCAGCCAUGUAAUCAGCCGCACAUUCAGCAGAAAGCGAGCAGAAAGCAUGAUUUUCAAGAUCACUUCCACCACUGAUGUGAUGAUCAUGAGUAUCAAUCAAGAAACAUGGAGGGAGUUAGCCAUGCUUUGUGUUAAAAACUUAGAACAAAAACAUAACAUACAAAUGGGUUCAAAAUUUUCUUUCCUUGUGAAGAAACACUCGUCCUCAUCAUCAAGUGGGGUCAUCACAAUUGAAAGCUGCUCAAAUAAUGGUGGAAACAAUGUUAAGAGUUUGGGUCUCAAAUAUCAAAUCACCCUAGCAACGUGGAACGAGUUUGGAUUGUACGAUGUAGCAUUUUGUGAUGGAAACAAACCUGUCCAUGUUUCAUGUUGGGUUGCAUCUUCAGUUCCUGAAGGACAUGUUAUGGCAAUGCCACACCCAAGGGAUAAUUUAUCUGCAGUGAUUAUAGUCACACCUCCAACUCCAAAUUGAAUUGAAGCAGAACAUACACGAGGAUAAUAUCCAUUUAAGCAUGCAAUAAAUAAAUCAAGUUAGCUUAUGAGCUACUUGUGGAUAGAUUAUUAAUUAAAGCUUAUGGAUGACCUUACAUAUAAGUAUGGUUUAAAUUAAGGGUUUGAACUUAUUUAUAUUAAAUAAACCGAAUGGAAGUGCUGUUGUGAUUUGACUCGAUAAAUA